AUCCACCUCUUUUCCUUACCUCUAACUAAACAUAGAGUUCCUUUAAAGUUGGAAAAGAAAUGGGUCAGGGAAAUGGCAGUGCCAUGGCUCUCACUUUGUUGAUUUGCCUGUUCCUCAUCCAAUCUGGGAUGGCUCAGGCUAGAGUCUACACUGUUGGUGAUGCCCAAGGCUGGACCUUUAAUGUCACUAGCUGGACUCGGGGCAAGAUAUUCCGUGCUGGUGAUGUCCUCGCAUUCAACUACCCUGUAAAAGCACAUAAUGUGGUGGCGUUGUGGACUAACAAGGUGGCCUACAAUUGGUGCCUGAAAACGAGAGGCUCGAAAGUUUACCAAACGGGAAAGGAUAGAAUCAAGCUCGUGAAAGGAGACAACUUUUUCAUGUGCAGCUUCCCAGGGCACUGCAAAGCUGGAAUGAAGAUCGCGAUUAAAGCUCUUUAGAACAUAUGAUAUGAUAUAAUAUAAUAUAACGUAACACAAACAUUAAAAAGCAAAUUAUUUUUAUGUUUUAAUUUGUUUUCUUUAAUGUGUUCUUGUUGUAAUGUUUUUUGUUUGGUUGUUUUAAUUUUGAUCAUAUUAUUGUUCUAAUUAAGUGUUCUGCUCGUCCAGAAA